ACUCUCCAGGUUUCCAUUUCUGGCUGAGACCUGCUGAGCUGCCAGGCUGCCAACCAGCAAAAAAUAAAUAAAUACACCCUCGAACGAAACCUACUCUCCCCUUCCACCUGAGAGAGUAAUCUACGAGCUGGAAAGAAUGAGAAACUACCCCUUCUGAAUCCUGUCCGGCGAAAAGGAAAAAUUCCUGGUUCCAACUCCUGCUGUUUGUUUGAUUCUGGGGAGCGUCUCGCUUGCUCCUAUUUAUUUUCUUAUGGAAAUUUGGAAGGUCAAGGGCAGAGGUGAAGGAAGCCGGGUGUCCAAAGGCUAGAGGGAAAGCAUCAGCCAAGCCGGGAUUUCAAAGCCGCCGGAACAUUUAAGCAUUUAAGCUUGAAUGCCACUGUCUGCUGCUCCCCGCCUGUUUCUGAAAGUUCGGGGAAGGAAAGAAACUUGAGCAAACUUUCUUCAUCCUAUCCAGGAAUAUAUUUUUUUUUACUCCACUGAGAUGAGCUGAUGGGUACGCUGGGAAACUGAAUGCCGGUGUUUAAAGACAGUUAAGGCCAAAGGACUCUUGGGUGGUGGUUGUUGUCUCUUUAAGUCGCAAAGGGAAACUGUUCACGAGGAAUUGAGAAGAAGCUAGGAAGGGCCUUAUUUGCUGCUAGUUUUUCCUUAAACUCAGGGAUACACCUCACUAAAUUAUUUCAUUAAAUUAUCCACCUUUUUUAUUUAUUUUGGGCGGACAUUCCCCUCCUCCUCGGACCAGGGAUCAUGGCUUUCUCUCAGGUCCAGUGCCUCGAUGACAGUCAUGUCAACUGGCGCUCCAGCGAAUCCAAGCCGGAGUUCUUCUACAGCGAAGAGCAGAGGCUGGCGCUGGAGGCGCUGGCGUCGAAAGGGCCAGAUGCCUUCUACGAGGUCCUCAAGAAGGAGAACAUCAGGGACUUCCUUUCGGAGCUGGAGCUCAAGAAGAUUUUGGAUACACUGGAGACCUACGACCCCGGCUCGGAGUUCAUCCCCCGAGGGGAUGAUGGUGGGGUCGACCUCAGCAGCCAGAACGGCGAGCAGGACCAAGUGCCUUCUUUGGAAUACUGGCCGCAGAGAUCCGACCGGUCCAUUCCACAGCUGGACCUCGGGUGGCCGGAGACCAUCGCUUACCGUGGGGUGACCAGAGCUACUGUCUACAUGCAGCCGCCUAUUGACUGCCAGCCUCACAUCAAGGAAGUCGUCCGCAAGAUGAUCUUCCAGGCUCAGAAGGUGAGAGUUGCCCUUUGAAUGCUGCGUUUGGGGGUGGGUGGUUAGAGAGCUCCCCUCUUGCCCAACCGAAACAUCCCUUUUGUCUCCUCCAGAGGUUUGCCUAGAGGAUGGUGCACAGGCAAGUCUGGUCUGUUCCAGAAUGAGCUCAUCCUGUCUGUACUUAUUGCUGGUGUUGGUGGCAGAUAAGGUCUGCGGCACUGAUCCAAUCUCCCCAAGGAAUGAGAGGGGGAGCAAGUCACUUGGGGCAGUUGCUGCUGGUUCAAAGUGACGGGAAAAUGGGGACAAAGAUGAUCAGGAGCUCACUAUGCCGGGGGGUUUUCCCCCUCCUCUCACAUGUUGGUCAUUGAGGCCACCGAAAGCCGUAGGCUCUUAUUCUCAGGGCCGUGGGUUUGAGCCCCGCUUUGGGCAAAAGAUUCCUACACCCUUGUGGUCCCACCCAACUCUACAGUUUUAUGAUUCUAUGAAAUGGGGUGGAGAGGUGGGAUGGAUGGCAGAGAGAAGACUCAGUCUUGCUUCUGGUACUUUGACCAUCUGAUGAGCUCCCCAGAAAGUAAUUUACGUAGCCUUUACCAUUCUGCUCAGUGAUCAGCACUCUGGGGUACAAACCUAUCAGGAAAGGAGCAGCUUCUGAUCUGUAAACGUGGCUCCCCAACUGCAGAUACGCGUGGUUAUUCGGUGGUGAAAGGCACUCUGUAUGUCAAGCACGUGCAAAGUCCAGCCCGGGGGCCUAAUCCGGCCCCCACCAGUCGGUUUAACCCUAAAAUCCUUUGGGGUAAAAUUGGGGGGGAAGUUAACAACUUUGGUCAGCCCUCACGCAUGUCCCUCUUUGAAAAAAGUUUGGACACCCCUGUUGUAUGUGCCCAGUGGCACUCUUUUCAUCACUAGUACAGUGGUACCUCAGGUUACAGACACUUCAGGUUUCAGACUCUGCUAACCCAGAAAUAGUACCUCGGGUUAAGAACUUUGCUUCAGGAUGAGAACAGAAAUCGUGCUCCGGUGGCGCGGCAGCAGCAGGAGGCCCCAUUAGCUAAAAUGGUGCCUCAGGUUAAGAACAGUUUCAGGUUAAGAACGGACCUACAGAACGAAUUAAGUUCUUAGCCCGAGGUACCACUGUACUCUCUUCACACAGUCCUAGCCAGAACCCCAGCCACAGUUCCAAGCUUAAACAAUGGUUGAAAUCAAACCGUCCUUUCCUUCUUAGAACACAGAACAGAAGCAGCCCGAUUAGUUGCAAUUAGAAAAUCUGGCGUGUGAAGCCUGGAAGAGGAGGAAAGGCAGCCUUUCAUCCCAGGCCUUUUCUGCAUCAGUAUGCAGCCGAAGAGCGCCAGUGUGGCUCAGUGUCCUGGGGCCGCUUGAAUCUCAGUUUCCCCAUCUGUAAAAUGGGAGUAACAGUGACCUACUUCUCAGGCUGCUGCAAGCACGGGCAAGAUGAACGGCUGCUCAUGUAAAAUCCGACAUCAACCGCGAACAGUUUCAAUCCAUGCUGCAACCCACAGAAAACAGAAACAGUCUCGUCGUGCCUAAGCUUUACUGAUAUCACACUCCAAAAGCUCCUCCUGUUUUUGCUUGAUCAGUUUCAGCUUGGAUAGUAGCAGUGGGGGUGGAAUAACCUCCGUGCCUGAAAUCCAUCUUCAAACUUUAGGGAAGACUGGCUCUCAGUAACCUAGCCAAAUCUAGCUGGAAUAAAACUAUAUUUCCGUUGCAACAGGGGUAAUAAGCCUGGUGCCUUCCAUAGGUUAAGAGAAUAAGAGGAGCCUGCUAAAUCAGGCCAGUGGCCCGUCUAGUGCAGAAUCCUGUUCUCACAGUCGCCAACCAGAUGCCUAUGGGGAAACCCACAAGUGGGACCCGAGCGCAAAAGCAUCAUUUUCCCCUCCCGUGGUUUCCAGCAACCACAUUUCAGAAGCAUUACUGCCUCCAACCAUGGAGGCAGAUACUGUUGGACUCCACCUCUCACCAUCCCUUCCCAUUGGACAGGCUGGCUAGGGCUAAUGGGAGUCGAGAGUGCAUUGCAGAGGGUUGGACUAAAUGACCCUCAGGGGUCCCUUUCCAGCUCUACAGUUCUAUGAUUCUAACCUCUAGAGAGCACCGCCACUGGCUGCUACUCCAGCGGCAUUUUGUAAAGGGAUGGGGCAGCGAGGAUAACUGUUAGGAAACCAAGAUCGGUGGUUAAGGGUGUUUUAACUCAUGGCAGAGAAGGCUGGUUCAGGGCUUAGACACAUUUAAAUUUCACCUGCUCAUUCCAGACACAAUCUGCACUUCAAAGCUCCGUGUAUGAGCACUCUUUGUUUUUCCCCUCCAGAGAUUUCCCCCAUGAGAACCCGGUCUUUAAAGCUCCAUUGGAGCAAAUGGCUAUCUGUGGGAAACCCCAAUUGAUGUUUGUUCUGAAUGAGCGCUAAGGAACGAGAUUCCACAGGGCAAAAAUAAAACCAAACACUCAGAACACAGAGCUUUCGAGGGCAGACCUAUGCUUGGGCAAAAUGUAAGGGUGGAGAAGCCCUCUCACAUGUACACCCCUCACACUUGGUGACUGGAGCGUCAAAGGGCUGCUUGCGCAUGAAAAUGAAGCAUCCCAGGUCACCUCACACAUUCUGCUUUGGCACAAUGGUCACUUCACACAUUCAGCUGCCAGUCAUCUGGUGCUGAUGAGAAACUAAAUUAUAGAGCCCUGGUUUAUUUUCUGCAGAAACAUCAUGCAUAUUAUUACUGUGCUUGGCUUGUUAGAAUACAUACCAAGGGACGGGUGUCAUGUGGCCCUCCAGAUGUAGCUUGUCUGUCUCCUAUGAUGCCUGAGCACUAGACACUCUGGCUGGCGACGAUAGGAAUUUGAGUCCCACAGCAACUAGAAGGCCACAGGUUCCCCAUCCCUGAUAUAGACCAUAACAGAAUAUAACCACAAAGGAUAGCUCGGUCUGUAAGUAUUUGCCAUGCUUACACACUAUCCAUGUUCGGGGCAGCAUAUAUCAGAGCACCAGAUGCUGCAAACAGCUAGCAUGUGAUGACCUUUUGACAAAGUGGACUCUGGCCCAUGAAAGAGUAUUCCACAAUUAAUUUACUGGUCUUUAAAGGUGCUAGCAAGGGACGCAGGUGGCGCUGUGGGUUAAACCAAGGAGCCUAGGACUUGCCAAUCAGAAGGUCGGCGGUUCGAAUCCCCGCGACGGGGUGAGCUCCCGUUGUUGGGUCCCUGCUUCUGCCAACCUAGCAGUUCGAAAGCACGUCAAAGUGCAAGUAGAUAAAUAGGUACCGCUCCGGCGGGAAGGUAAACGGUAUUUCCAUGCGCUGCUCUGGUUUGCCAGAAGUGGCUUAGUCAUGCUGGCCACAUGACCCAGAAGCUGUACGCCGGCUCCCUCGGCCAAUAAAGCAAGAUGAGCGCCGCAACCCCAGAGUUGUCUGGGACUGGACUUAACAGUCAGGGGUCCCUUUACCUUUACCUUACCACAGGGCCUGCAGUGUGCCCAAGCCCUGGGUCCAUGCUGCCCAAAUGGUCUUCCCACUGCCUCUCCCCAGCUAUAGGGUGGCUGAGUGGGAGGAGGCAGGCAGACUCAAGAGGCCCUCAGUGCACCCUGCUCCAGAGUCGGUCACGACUGGACCUAAUUGUCAGGGGUCCCUUUACAUUUACCUUUAAAGGUGCUAGCAGGACUCUCCCUUGCAAUUUGACACUCUCAGUUACAUUUGCUUUGGAAACUGAAGGAGAUGGAUCCUUGCUCCCAUCCAGCAAGGAGUUCCUAGCAAGCUUGUGCUCAGAAUUAAAGCUAUGCUGUGUCAAAUAAUAAGGAAAGAUAAUGAGCGUUAGGCACAGUCAACCCAUGAUCAAAUCUGUGGUCACAGAAAGGCGCUUUGAAGUCCUCCUUCGAUUGCACCAUCAAAGGGAUGGGUGGCUCCAUAAUUUGCUCAGUUAAAAAAGAGAGAGUCAGAGCCAAUAAUGCUCCAUGAAAGGACCAGGCUGACUCCGCUAAGGGCUGGCUGGACAAACUAGACCAGGGCUAGCAGGAUACCAAGCUGGCCUCCAAAGGUUGCACUCCUAUCUUAGGUCACCACCGUCUCACCUAGUGUGCAGAAGCGACUCCACUUUGUUUGCAAGCCAGCUCUCCUCAACCUGGUGCCCUCCAGAUGUUGUUGGACCUGGGAAUGUUGGAAGAAUGCCAGCUGAAAUACGAGUGGAAAUUGCUGUUGCUCAGAAUGGAAACCAACCCAGCAGAUACGCUUGGCGUUUGUAGCUGCCAAUGUUGUUUUCAGCCCGCAAAUAAUAUGCAAUUGAUGGCUUUCCUCAAAACCAGCACCUAUUUGUUUCCUUUGCACUGAAAUGGAUGGUGCACAGUAAUGUCAUGAUAAUGUAGUUCCUUCUGUAAAAUUCCACCACAGCAGGCCACAAGAUGAAUAGCCCAGUUUUGAUCGGAAGCCAAACUGCAGCAGAAGAGAAACAGCGCUGCAUGCGACCGGGUUGGAACAGAAAUCAAUGCUUUCUUACAUCCUCCCCGUUGGACUCCAGUUCCCAUCAGUCCCAACCCUCGGCCAUUCUAGCUGGGGCUGAUGGGAGUUGUGGUCCAAGCUAUCCAGAGGGCACCAGGUUAGGGAGGCUGGUUUAAGCUCCAGGAAGCCUUUCCAGAGGGAUUCAUUGGGAAGCAAAUGCCAGAAAGCAGGCGUCAAUGAGAAUGGGCAAAAUAACUCUUACGGUCACCAGGUAGGAAAGAUAUUGUGGCUCUGAUGUAGGACGUGUUGUACUUAAGGCCUCUCUGCCCAAACUUUUCUUUAACGAGAUCAAAAAAAGAAAAAUAGAGGAGGAUCUGACUCCUCCUAGGGCAACUUGUUCUGGAGCUGGGAAUAAUUUUGGGGGGAUUUAGCAUUUCCCGAAUGUCCAAUGAGCUCCCAGCUUCAACUCGCUUUGUGUCUCCGUUGGCCAAAAACGGACCUGCGGAAGGAUGUUUGUUCCCCUUCUGAAACAUUCAUAACACCUGAAGUGUCCGCUUUAGAGGCUUCGCUGUGACCCAGCAGUGGUGUGUCAGGUGGACAAAGCGUCCUCUGGAGAUGCAGCGACAUGGGUGGCCAUGCAUGUGUGGCUGAAUGGCUUACGAAGCAUGACUGUGGAACAAUUACACCAUCCUUGGUCCAUACUGUCAUUUGCUAGCUUGGAACAUUCAUCAGAUGGAGGCAGGAUGGUCACCAUUAGUCACCAUGGCUAUAUGGAAGCUCCAGGUUCAGAGGAAGUCCACCUCUGGGCUGUUGGAAGGAGGAGACUUCAUGCCCUGCUUCAGGGCUUACCAGGCUGGCUAGUGCAAGUCUUGUGUGGCACCUUGAGGGCCAACAAAUUUAUUAGGAGCACAGGAAGUUGUCCAGCUAGCUCAGUAUUGUCCACACUGUCUGGCAGAGACUAUCCAGGGUUUCCGUCCUACCCAGAGAUGUUGGGACUGAACCCAGGACCUUCUACAUGCAAAGCAGAUGUUCUACCAUUGAGCUACAGCCCUUGCUUAUGACACAAGCUUUUGUGGACUGUCCACAUUCUCCGUGGCGAAUGUGCACAAUGGCAGGUCAUUAUGCAUAUUAACUGAUGAGUUCCACACAACUCAUAAUGUAUAUUCCAAAUUUAAUUGUUUCUGGGUGAUGUGGAGGAACCCCAAUGCUUCUGAUAACUGGAUCUAUCCUUCUGAGAUCCACCUCCAGCUGGCUUGACAUCUUCCUUUCCUCUCUUAGCCAUGAGUGUUUGCUGUUGCCCCCACUUCAUUUCCCCAUCUUUCAAGACUGGCAAUCACCUUGACGGCUACGUCAGAGCCAUUUCUCCAUCAGCAAGCACGUUCAAGGCCUUCUCCCACGUAGCAGAGGUGGGAAACUGUGAAUGGCAGGUCUGGAGCAUUAUCUGAAGAGGUGUUUGGGAAACGUAACCCAUUUUGAGCAUGCACCAGCGGCUACAGACAAGCAUUGCCUGGGCUCAUUCCAUGCGUUCCUUCACAGCAGCCAAGCCAUAUUCCAAUAAGAUUUACAGUGCAUCUGCACAAGCUUAUUUUUGCAGGGCAUUUUCAUAUAUCUGUAUUUCAUUAUAUACCCCUAGUGACUCCUUCAGGAGCAUUCAAAAUCCUAGCCAGUUUUCUCUUUCUUUCUUUCUUUCUUUCUUUCUUUCUUUUUCUUCUUCACUAAUCUCUGCAUGCAUAGAAUCAUAGAAUCAUAGAAUCAUAGAAUCAUAGAGUUGGAAGAGACCACAAGGGCCAUCGAGUCCAACCCCCUGCCAAGCAGGAAACACCAUCAGAGCACUCCUGACAUAUGGUUGUCAAGCCUCUGCUUAAAGACCUCCAAAGAAGGAGACUCCACCACACUCCUUGGCAGCAAAUUCCACUGUCGAACAGCUCUUACUGUCAGGAAGCAUGCAACAGCCUAAACAGCCCAUGUCUCAAGACAAGCGAUGGGAGGAUCUGCCCAUUGCUGUUCUCUCAGUUUCUCAGUUUCCUAAUCUUUGGUUCAGCUUUUCACAUUUCUGCAGCAAUCUGAGAUUCCCCACCCCCCAAAAAAAUCUCCAUUGGUUAAUUUUCCAGCAUUUUGGUUCAAAUUUCUCCAAUUUUUGUGCACAGUUUUGACUAAGGUACAAGUUUCUCAAAGCAAUUUCUCCUCAUAUGUAUGUAUGUUAUUUUCAUGAUGAGGUUCAUUUUCAUGGACUCUCUCACCUGUUAUAAGUGCUUUGGUAAGCACUGUGUGCUUGGAGAAAAUGCACUGCAAAAUUUGUAGAGGUUUGAAUUUUGAAGAACGGCUGUGUUUCAGUCUGCACAUUUCAGAAAGUGCACAUUUGAUAGAGUCGUCCUUAAAUGUGAACUGAAUAGAAUUUCCCCUCCCCUCCCUACUUCCAUCUCUUAAUUUCUGUUGUUAUGUGGUUUAUCUACAACUCCUGUUUCGAAACAUGGCUGGAAAUGAUGAGGCCUUAAGCUACUGAAGGUAACAGGGCCCUUUAUAUGUCCAGCUGUCCUUUGUCAGGGACGCGGGUGGUGCUAUGGUCUAAACCACAGAGCCUAGGGCUUGCCGAUCGGAAGGUCGGCGGUUCGAAUCCCCGCGACGGGGUGAGCGCCCAUUGCUCGGUCCCUGCUCCUGCCCACCUAGCAGUUCGAAAGCACGUCAAAGUGCAAGUAGAUAAAUAGGUACCGCUCCAGUGGGAAGGUAAACGGCAUUUCUGUGUGCUGCUCUGGUUUGCCAGAAGCGGCUUAGUCAUGCUGGCCACAUGACCCGGAAAAACUGUCUGUGGACAAAUGCCGGCUUCCUUGGCCAGCAAAGCGAGAUGAGCGCCACAACCCCAGAGUCAUCUGCGACUGGACCUAAUGGGCAGGGGUCCUUUGUCAACUAUAAAUUGUCACUGUUUUUUGUGUUGAAUAUAUGCUAUAUGGUAAUUUAUGGACCUAAUAGGUAUCUAAAGCCAUUUGCACAUGCAGAAUGGAGGCACCCUAUAUAUAGAAAUGAGCAAACCAGUGAUAUUUGAGGGAGCAGGCUAGCAGGCAGGGCCCAUUACUUACAUCAUAGGAGCCUACACAACACAAAACACUGUUGCUGUAUGUAGGUUUAUUUGCUUUUUGUCUUAUAUUUUGGAAAUGUACAUCCAGGUGUUUUUUUCCUUUAAUUUUUUUUGGGGGGGCCCCAAGAGAGUGGGGCCCUAAGCUGCAGCUUGUUUAGCUUAUACGUAAAUCUGGCACUGGGCUGCAAGCCUGUUACCUCACAUUCUGUGAAAGCAGCACAUUCCCCUCACACUGAUUCAACCUGGCCUGUGUGGGAGUGGACCUUGGUCAGAGCAGGGAUCGAGGGAGGAUCACGCUGAGUUGAGCGCAUGGUGUAGAAGGACAAUAAAGUAGAGCAGAGCAGCAAACACAAGGGCAAAGUUCUUUGGAGAUACCUUCCCUCAGCGUAAUCACCUCUCACAUCUGCCCAGAUGACAUAAGGGCUCUGUGGCAAAACAGUUGUGUUGAGGAGAAAGACUCAACGAAAUCGUAUUUGAUUGUGCGAAAGAAGCUUCUAGAUGGAACUCUGGGUGACAACAGAUCUGCACAAGCUCUGUUGGGUGUCAGCCAUGUCAUAAGGUCCCAGAAACGAGAAGUAAUCGACUAGAAAUAUUAUCUUGUGGAAAUCAACUAAAUAUUAAGAAUCAAAAAGCUUAAGGAAAAGUUUUUUUUCAAAGCCUUAAUGGGAUGCCGGCUACAAACCUCGUUUCACUGAACUAUUCAGUUUCCUCAGAAGGAAACUGAAAAAUCAUAAACUUUAAAUGACCAAAAUUCAAAGAAGGGUAGAACCCCAACAAUUCUGACGUAUUAUAAUCCUUGCCCGACCUAGGUAAAGCAAACAAGCAAAGCGCAGUAAUAAAGGACUGAAGACUCAAAAGUACAGUUUCUAAUACUGAAUUUACAAAAAAGGUUUGAAAAACUAAAUAGCAAGUUUUAAACAAACCCAAACUUGAAGAUGGCAAAGCACAAUGAUAAGGGAUUGAAGACCUCAACUGUAAAAAUUCUAGUGCUACUUUUACGAAAAGGUAUAAAAACCUAAAUGGCACAAAUUCAAAGAAAGGAAUACAAGAUAAAGCUGCUUUAGAUUUUGAACAAAUUCAAGAACAGGGCCGAAACGCUCCCAUGGUCUAGAUGUUACUGCUGAUGUUAAAGACUGAUCACAGCUUCUGACUUGAAAUCGGCCGUCCCAGUUUUUUAGGCUUGGCCCCACCCUUCCCCCCUCACAGCGCUGCCCCAGCAGCGGAUCCUGCCUCUCUGCCCCUCGCAACAUGGCGGCCAGUUCUGAGCUUGGCGGCGCGGUUUGAUGUUGUCACUUGCCAGGGCACUGCCGGGAGCCGGAGGCAGAGAAACAUACAGACAGGGAGGCUUAAAAGACUCCCAGUGCAAACUGGAGCUGAUAGUGGCAAGUCUUGAGCAGCUGCAGUCCAUCAGGCCGCGGAUACUAAAUUGGGCCACAGAUCCAAUUUGGAUCGUGAUCCUGCCACACGGGAUCAAGUGAGCCCACUUUGCAAUCCAAGUGGGAUGGAAUCAUUCCUAGCCAUCUACAAUUCUAUGAGCUACAAAAAUGUUUUUGCCAAACUUCGUCAGAGGAAAAAAUCCAGGAUUGUCACAUUCUGACACGAAGGAGGAUAAGCUACAGGAUCCACAGAUUUAUCCAGUAGUUUGGCCAGUGCAAAGCAACCUCCAGAAACUUGAAACCUCCAUUCCUAGUGCUGGGAGCCAUGAGCGUGAAACAGAGCCUCCACCUGCAGGGGUAGUGUACCUGGGAGUCAUAAUGUUGAGGGCAAACAACAGGCAGGGCAGUUGCCUUCCUAUUUUGCUUUGGGGCUUCCCAACUGGCUUCUGGUUGGCCGCCGUGGGAAAGGGGAUAUUGUGCUAAGAUGGGCCUUUGGUCUGAUCCCGUUGAAGGACUGUCCUGAUGUUCUCAAUAGCGUAAAGGUAAAGGUAAAGGGACCCCUGACCAUUAGGUCCAGUCGUGGCCGACUCUGGGGUUGUGGCGCUCAUCUCGCUUUAUUGGCCAAGGGAGCUGGCUUACAGCUUCCGGGUCACGUGGCCAGCAUGACUAAGCCGCUUCUGGCGAACCAGAGCAGCGCAUGGAAACGCCGUUUACCUUCCUGCAGGAGCAGUACCUAUUUAUCUACUUGCACUUUGACGUGCUUUCAAGCUGCUAGGUUGGAAGGAGCAGGGACCGAGCAACAGGAGCUCACCCCGUCGCGGGGAUUCGAACCGCCGACCUUCUGUUCGGCAAGUCCUAGGCUCUGUGGUUUAACCCACAGAACCACCCCUCAAUAGCCUGUGCUGAAAGGGGUUCUGAGAUUUCAAAGGCAACAAUUCACACCAAUUCAACCUAAAACCUGCAACUUAAAACCAGCUUCCUAAAAUAUGCUUUUGCAAUCUGACCUCUGAUGGGUUCCUUUCUCUACGGCACAAUCCCAUUCUCCCCCACACUCGCACCUCCCCCCAAAACCGUGAAUCUCGCUAGUAAUUGCAGGAUGCAAAAUGAUUGGCGUCCUGGAGAUGAAAGGAGAGGGAGAAUAAACAGGUGUGCUUAGCAAAAUUCACUUUGUUCCUACCUCUGGCUUUCCCAACAGUUAACCGUCCGACUCUUAAUUGUGUGUUUCUGGACGCAGACCAGCAGCCACCUUUGAGAAGGUGGGAAAACAGGUGAAUUAAUAAUGCCCCUGUUUUUCUCCAGUACCGAAAUGACCUGACAUUUUAUAGGCGCUAAUUAAAAGAGGAAAGUAAGGGCCACACAGCCUCUCCACUUCCAUAAACAGCCUGGAAGGAAUCUGAACCACAGUGACAUUAAUGCCCCUUUGUUUCUAAUCCAUUCAGAAAUGCAGACCGACAACAUAUUCUGAAUACCCAGCUGGUGUGUUCAAAUCUAAGGGAAAAGAAGCAGAAGACAAUGAGAGAGAGGGGUGGGGUGGGGGCUGGAAUCUAUGCUUAAGACAGAUCAGUAUGGAAAAAAUAAUAUCUGGCAGUGGGAAAUAGGUAGACAUCUUUUCUUACUAAGGAAACAGAAAGGGGUUUGUGGAACCAUAGCAGGAUGCAAGCUAAACCUUUCGUGGAAACCUUCUCGGUGUUGGCCCCACAAUUCUGGAACACUCUCCCUGGUGAGGUCCAACACGCUCCCUCUUUGCCCAGUUUUUAGACAGAAUACAUUUUAUAAUUGAUCCCUGACAUUUGAUGUGAGGAUUUGUGAAUUCUCCAUCCUUGGAGGGGGUUUUUUAGCAGAGGUUGGGUGGCCGAUGCUUUAGCUGAGAUUCCUGCAUUGCGGGGGGUUGGACUAGAUGACCUUUGGGUUCCUUCCAGCUCCACAAUUCUACAAAAUUGCUGCAGCACAGGAUUUACAGAGCUCUGCAUGUUUUCCACGUUAGGCGGAGAAAUGCUGCAAAACAACCCUGACUCAGAAAAGAAAAAAAUAUAAACCGAGAAAUCUUCAAAGAUGCCUUUGGAGCUUGCACAAAGGCAACUUAGCUUCCAGCCAGGCAGCAGAUACCUACCGGUGCCUCCAAGCAAACAGAACUGCCUUAGCAAGCAGACGCAGGGUGCUGUUUAUCUAACUGCGUUUGUUUAGCCCUGCCUCCAGGUUAAUCCUCUUUUUGACAUCGGUUGCCACUUUCCAAACUGUUUGUGUGCUGUAGCAGUUUUCCAGCGAAGCUGCCACCCACCUCUUGCCAGCAUGGACGCAAACAUUUCCUUAUAGCAACCCAGGUUAAACAGCGCUAUAAGAAAAUUUAACGUCAUAUAUAUAUAUAUAUAUAUAUAUAUAUAUAUAUAAUAAAUGUACCAACCAAGCACGUACAUAGAUCAGCACAGGAAGACCGACCUGAAACCGUUUUGAUUCCAAACUGACCAAAUGUUUUCUCUGCAAGGAGGGAGGGGGUCAGGGACCUUUCCAUUGUUACAGGAAUUUAGUAAUCACCAUUUCAAAGGGGGACAGACUACCAGGAAGGCAGAUAAGGCAUUAUCAGAUAACCUGGCAGACAGGAAAAACAACAACAUUCAAAUUUCUGUUGUAGACCGCCUUUUCUGUGAUGUAGGUAUGAUGUAUGGAGGAGUGGUCUUGAGCUCCAGGGCAGGGAAUUAAAAAUGUCUAUAUAAAGGCAGACACACCUUUGUUCUGGGUCUUCCUCCUUUCCUGCUUGUGAGGGGAGCACCCUGUUGCAACAGAUCAAUAAAGAUCAGGCUUACUAGCUGCGAGCCUGUGACCUGGAUCAGGAACUAAGUAUUUAUCAUUACAAAAGACUGGCCAGGCUCCCCAAGCAAUUCAAUCAAGUGACCAUUAAACAGGUAACCUGGCAGAUAGGAGGUAAACAAAGCACUCAGAUUUCAGCCCUUCUGUGAUGUAGGUAUGAUGUAUGGGGGGGGGGGGAGGUCUUAAUCUACAGGGUGGAAAUUUCAAAAGUCUAUAUAAGGGCUUGCACACCAUUGUUCUGGGUUCCUCCUCUCUCCUGCGUGUGGUGAAUGAGGACCUUGUUGCAACAGAUCAAUAAAGAUCAGGCUUACUAGCUGCUUUGCUUCUCAAUAUUCCCGGGUUGGCCUCUGUUAUUUUCUCCUACCAAUAGGGAACCCACGUAAGGACUCUAUACGGGCUCUUGGAUACCCCAUAAGGGAAGAAGGGCAGAUUUUGUUUACAACAACAGGGAGCCUCUGUGAGCUGGGGCCAAUCACUGCUUCCCAGCUGAACCUACCUACCAAGGCUGUUGUGAGGAUAAAAUGGGGCUGGGGAGAAGCCAUGCGUGGCACCUCGAGCUGCUUGGAGGAUAGGUGCAAUGUAAAUAGAAUAAGGAAGUCAAUAAACUGUGCACGAAGUGCGUCACACAUUUGCAAUGGGCAGUAGAAAGGCUAUAAAGGUAAAGAUACCCCUGACCAUUAGGUCCAGUCGUGGCUGACUCUGGGGUUGCGGUGCACUUCUCGCUCUACUGCCCAAGGGAGCCGGCGUACAGCUUCCGGGUCAUGUGGCCAGCAUGAAUAAGCUGCUUCUGGAGAACCAGAGCAGCGCACAGAAACGCUGUUUACCUUCCCGCCGGAGCGGUACCUAUUUAUCUACUUGCACUUUGACGUGCUUUCUUUUUUAAAAAAAAUAAUAUUUAUUAAUAAUUUCAAAAUUGCAGAAAAGAAUGAAAAAAAUUAAAAACAACACUACAAUACAUAGAAAAAAAACAAGAGGGGAAAAAACAAGACAUAAAAACCAAUGCAACAAUACAGCAAAAAGAUAAAAAAAGAAAAGAAAAAAAGACACAAAUCCCAUAUUACAUAUCUUUAACUUCCAUUUGCUUGUUUCAUUGACCUCCUCAAACCUCCCUUUUUGUAUUCUAGUUUAAUUGAUUAUUUCAGCAAAUUCUUUCCAUCUUUCUCAAUUUUUACUAAAUAAUUUAUCUUAACCAUUUACCUAUUAAUUAACUCAACAAAUCCUUUCCAUCCUUUCCCCAUAUUCUGUUAUUCAAAUUACCUUAAGUUAUUUAACCUUAUCUUACCAAAAAAUACUUUAGAGCUUAACACUUAAUACUCGAUUAUAUAUAACUCCUGAUAUCUUUUCUACUAGAGUCAUAUAGUUUCAUUCCAACAUUUUCCCUAAUGUUCAUUAAUUUUAGGCUAAUUCCCUAGGGAAAAAAAUUUUCUUUAUAAAUUUUCUUCCAAUCUUCAUCCAACGUCUCUUCUUCCUGGUCUCGGGUCAUGUCAGUCCUUACUGUCCAUUCCAUCUAGUCCAUCAACCUGGUAAUCUAAUGUCCGAGGCCCUUAAGUCUCUUCCAUGUCCCUUCUUGAUGUGCUUUCGAACUGCUAGGUUGGCAGGAGCAGGGACCGAGCAACGGGAGCUCACCCCGUUGCGGGGAUUCGAACCGCUGACCUUCUGAUCGGCAAGUUCUAGGCUCCAUGGUUUAACCCACAGCGCCACCCGCAUCCCGUAGAAAGGCUAUAGAUUAAUAAUAAUUACAAAGCGCUUUGUACAAUUGCAAUAAGCUUUAUAAAGAAAACAGCGACAGAUCAUUAUUCAGUGAUAAGGAAGAUGAUGAGAGGGCUGUGACGUCAGGCAGCCAGCAAAUUGGCCGGCUGCACAGAGGGAAGCUUAAGUAGGUCAGGACGAGAGGCACUGCCUGAUCGAUAGAUCUGCAUUUAGUGGACUGAGUUGAUGGCAUACGCAUGCCACUUAGCUAUGUGUGCCUCAGCUUCCCAAUCUGUGUAAUGGGUCAGGUGAGAGCAUCCUUACCUCCCAUAGAGAGAAAGCAAUUAGAGGAAGUAAGGAGAUGCAAUGAGGUCGAGGGUAUGUUCUUUCAUAUGUGGUGGACCUGUAAAAGGGUAGAAGAGUAUUGGGAAAUAAUUUAUAACGAAUUGAAAAAAAUGUUUAAAAGGACCUUUCCAAAAAAAGGGAUUUUUGCUGGGGAUAAUUCAGAUGGAAAUUCCCAGGUGUUAGCCCCAAAAUGGAAAACGAGUGAGGUCCCAACCAAAGAAGAAUGGCAACUUAAACUGUUGGAAUAUGCACAGCUUGCGGAACUAACUUAUAGAAUAAGAGAACAAGAAGAACAUUCGUUUAAAGAAGAUUGGAAAGUGUUCAUUGAAAAUGUAAAAACGUUAGCAGCAUUAAGAUAAAUUCAACAGUGUAAAUAAAUUUUGAUGGACGUAAUAAUGGAAUACUGAAUGGUUUGGUUUAUAUAAAAUAUGCAGGGAUUUAUGCUUUGCAAAAUGAACCAUGGAAAGAGAAGAAGGAAAGUCAUUGAUAUCUAAAGGAUGUAUAAAUGAAUAUUCUAAAUUGUAAAACAGAAAUAUAUAUAUAUAUGAAAGCAAUGCUAAAUUAAUGAAUGGUUUACACAAGGAACCCUACUAAUAUGCUGGAAUGAAAGGCUCUGAACGCAAUAUAAUCAGGAUGAUUAAUUUUUUAAGCCAAAGAAGGAAUAUGCAAAACAAAGUGGAUGGGGGGUACAAUCUGCUUUCUACCAAGAAGGAAGGGCUACUCCAACAGAGAGCAAACUGAGGCAGAGAAGGCCUUUGUUACCAAGCUAAAUCCCCAACACAAUUCACGUAUUAUUCUAAGCUCACCCUAGCCUGCCAGUGGAAGUUUGCUUCCUAACACCAUCAAGUUUCUAGCCUUCAUGAAUGCAAAGAUACUCUUGAAAGUGUGUGAUCAAGUACUCUGGCUCUCUCCACAGGUUGUCGCUGUGGUCAUGGACAUGUUCACGGAUGUAGACAUCUUCAAAGAUCUCCUGGACGCGGGUUUCAAGCGGAAGGUGGGCAUCUACAUCAUCUUGGACGAGACCAACUUGAAAUAUUUCCUCCAGAUGUGCGAACGAGCCCAGAUGCACUCCGGACACCUCAAGGUAAGGCUAGCCCUGAUCCCUAAGAGUCGUCCUGUUAGAUUUCUGUAGAAAAAAGGGACCUCUGGCAGCGCCUUAAACACAAAGCAAUCUCUUUGAGCCAAAGGUGUAAUCAGUAGCUUCUCCCAUUACUAGCUUCUCAUUACUGAAAUUGCAACUUUCCCAAAUUCCAUUCCCUUUGCUUUAAAGAAGAUGGAAGAACUCACCAUCCAUUUAUAUAUCCAGGUAGGAAGGUCCUGGGUUUGCAUGCAGUCACCAUGGCACCAGUUCUGCCAGCACCUCUGUCAGUAAGAGCACAUGACUCUUAAUCUCAGGGUCAUGGGUUCGAGUCCUACCCUGGGCAAAAGAUUCCUGCGUUUGCAGGGGGUUGGCGUAGAUGACCCCCCGUGGUCCCAGCUCUAUGAUUCUAUGAAUGGACUGUUUCCAACCAAAUUCAACUGUUCUACCCGGAGUAAAUGAAUGGUAAAGAUAAAGGAACCCUGGAUGGUUAAGUCCAGUCAAAGGCGACUAUGGGGUUGCAGCGUUCAUCUCACUUUCGGCCAAGGGAGCUGGUGUUUGUCCGCAGACAGCUUUCCGGGUCAUGUGGCCAGCAGGACUAAACAGCUUCUGGCGCAACGGGACACUGUGAUGGAAGCCAGAGUGCACGGAAACACUGUUUACCUUCCCACCACAGUGGUACCCAUUUAUGUACUUGAACUGGCGUGCUUUCGAACUGCUAGGUAGGGUUAGGAGAUGGGACAGAGCAAGAGGAGCUCACCCCGUUGCGGGGAUUUGAACUGCCAACCUUCUGAUUGGGAAGCCCAAGAAGCUCAGUGGUUUAGACCGCAGCGCCACCCGCAUCCCUAGUCACACCCAUCAAUUGCAAUGGGUCUAAUUCGGAGAAGGACCAGCCUUCUCCCAAUAUGAGAAGGUACAACCCAAUAUGUAUUUAUUGUUAGUAAAGUCUUUGAUGAGUUUCACAUCACGCUCUCUCAACAAUCCUUUCAACAAUCCCAGAAAGUGGGCUGAAGGUUUGUGUGUGUGUCACACAGGCCCGGGAAACCUGCAAAAUUUGGUAUCAAAUUCAACUUCCUGAGAAUUAUUUUUUAAAAAAACAACAACACAAAGUUUCUAGGACUGAUGAAUGUAAAGAUAUGCUUGAAAGAGUAAGAUCUCAGAUGCCAGAGAGGUAGGUAAAAUAAAUUCCCAGGAGUCAGUACAAACACUUCAGUCUGUGACCUGAGCAGCUACUUGUCCUUUCUUGUGAGUAGCAAAGCCAGCAUAAUUUGUAGAAAACAGUCAAGAUGGCAGAAUAAAUUAUGUGAAGAGAAUAUAUGCAUUUUAAAAAAAAAUACAACAUUCGGGGAAUACUACAGUCCUUGGCACAUAAUUCCAAUUUGCUUAGCCGAGAGCGUAUGCAUCUCUGAAAAUUAUUAUCCCCAUUUUGCAGAGGGGGAAACUGAGGCAAAGAGAGAAUGGCUACACAGUGAGAUUUGAACCAUCAUUCUGAAGGUGUGUCACUCAGAAGAUGGAGUGGGCUCGUUCUCUGUUGCUCCAGAGGAAAGAUCUAGAACCGCAUGUGUGGAAACAGUAGAGAAGCAGAUUUAGGAGAAAAUUCCUAACCGUGCGAAGGUGUUCAACAGGAGAACAGCCUGCCUCAGGAGGUGGCAGGCUCACUUUCACUGGAAGUGUUUAAGUGGAGACUGAAUGCCCAACUGUAAGGGAUUGUGCCCUCGAAAGAUCCUGCACUACAAAUCCUGGAUGAGAGGGUUGGACUACAUGGCCUCUGAGGUCCCUUGCAACAUGAUGAAGAGUAUGGCCUUUUCUGUGGUGGCUCCCCAGUUGUGGAAUGCUCUCCCCAGAGAGGCUCAUUACAUGUAUUUCAGCACCAGGCAAAAAACAUUCCUCUUUACCCAGGCCUAUGGCUAUUAAAUAACCCGUGCCUUUAAAAGUGUGGGGGAGAGGAUUAUUAUUAUUAUGAAUGUUUUACUAUUAGGCUGUCUGUCCGUAUGCUUUUUUAUUAUGUUUUUAUCACUGAAGUUCUGUAAUGUGUUUUUAAUGUUGUGCACUGCCCUGGGAUCUUUUGAUAAAGGGUGGUAUAUAAAUUGAAAUAAUAAUAAUAAUAAUAAUAAAGUCAGAGACUUCCUGGCUCUGAACUCACAUUCUCAGCCACAGUGCUGACUCAACCCACAAUGCCAGAAAUCUUAUGCUGGCGUAGCCAUGAUCAUGGUGCAUAAGGGUAUUAAAAACAGAGGAAGAACCCUCUUGGUGUUCUCCAUCACAGCUGAAAAGGCCAUGUGUGGUGGGGGAAGGCUGUUAAAGAGCAGCCACGGGGAAACUCAGGGACUCAGCUGGUGAAUCAGAGCCACACAUUUUGCCCUUUUGGAUGUCAAACGUCAGCUGUGCCAAAGUCAAGAGUUUGUGGUUUCGUUUUCAAGCCCGCAAUCGUACUUUAACCCGUGGGUCUCAUAAACACCACAGCCUCUGACCUAGACUCGGCUGGUUCAAGGAAAAAGGAGGCAUACUUGACAUUCCCAGUUCAGCUGUUUUAUUCUGCAAUCCAUAUCUAUUGCGCUGCUCAGGAAAUGGCACACCUCUCCCAGGAAUUACUUUAGGAUGCAGCCAGUUCUGAGGAAGUGAUCGCAGUGGGGAGAACAGGCUCAGCGACUGACAAACUCAAAGAAGGGUUGGAGAUAUGAAUGGCUGUAAAAGUCACACCUUUCCGAGGAAAUUAUUUCUGAUGAAUACAGCUAGCUAAAUGAAUACAAGAAACUCCCCAUUUACACACGUAUCUUUGCGAACCUGGAAGUGGCACAGAAAGGGGCAAAAGCAGCCGCAAAAGAGCACGAAAAUGGAGCGAAAAUAGCGGCUAGCAGUCCCACAAGCCUUUGCACUGACCUUUGAAGCCUUUGGAGCAGCGGUUCUCAACCUGUGGGUCCCCAGAUGUUGUUGGACUACAACUCCCAUCAUCCCUGAGCUCUGGCCUUUGCUAGCUAGGGGUGAUGGGGGUUGUAGUGUCUUUAUCCCCAUCCUACCCAGAGAUGCCAGGGAUAAAACUUGGGAUCAAACAGCCUCGGUCCAGUAUAUCUAAAGGACACUGAGGUCCAGCGCUGAGGGCCUUCUGGCGGUUCCCUCACUGCGAGAAGCCAAGUUACAGGGAACCAGGCAGAGGGCCUUCUCGGUAGUGGCACCUGCCCUGUGGAACGCCCUCCCACCAGAUGUCAAAGAGAAGAACAACUACCAGACUUUUAGAAGACAUCUGAAGGCAGCCCUGUUUAGGGAAGCUUUCAAUGUUUGAUGCAUUACUGUGUUUUGAUAUUUUGUUGGGGGCUGCCCAGAGUGGCUGGGGAAGCCCAGGCAGAUGGGCGGGGUAUAAAUAAUAUAUGAUGAUGAUGAUGAUGAUGAUGAUGAUGAUGAUGACAUCGGUUGGAAAGCAGAAGGUGGACUGCAUAGGCCUUUGGUCUGAGCCAGCGGCCUUCUUACUUAUCGCGUGCUUGCAUUCUUAGUUCCGCAAACCUUUGCCUGUUAAAGCAAGGUGGAAGCAAUGCUAUCCCUGAGCCACCCUGACAUUGAUUUCUGCAGUAGGCAAGCUUUGACUAGCUAGUGCAAUGGGUCAACACACAGCACCUCAGGAAACCCUAUCAAAUGAGAAACCCUAUCAAACGAGAGAGUGUUUGCCAAGUGAGUCACCCCUUUGCAGAAGCGGAGAUUGUGUUGUUCCCGGGUCACUCAUUCAUCUGCGGGUGUUUGCUUCUGUUGUUCUUCCUACUGGGUGCUUAAACAAACAGGCCUUCCUUAACGAUGAUGCCAUCCCUGAGAGGAGGAAGCUGGGCAUUUUGGGCUGCUGCAAGAGCGCUUGGCGAUUUUUCUCCCUUCUUCUUUUCUUAGAUGGGUGUUGCCCAAAGAACGCCUUUUCCCCUUUUGUGCUUUUCUGAAAAGGGAAGGCCCAGACAGAGAAAACGGAUGACGCAUGCUGGCCGGUCCUCACUUUGGGGUCAGACAACUCUUCUUCCAAGUAGAGAUGUGUUGGCCAAAUGGCAUCCGGCUGCGGCAGAAACCAGGGAAUGUCAGAAACCUCAACAAAGAGGAGCCCUCCUUGCUUUGUUUUGUGGAAGACAAAAACACAGCCAAAACCAAAAACAAGCCUAACCUAUUAGUCAGGAGACUGUCUGCCUUAAAACUGCUUUGGGGGCAAUGAGUAGGAUAGAGGUGUCAGGGAAUGGCAGGACGAAGGGGGUGGGGUGGGAGGCAACAGCUGGGAAACCCCCUAGGGAAACCCCAGAGGAAGAAGGCUCAGAGCCAGGGGUUUGGUGGUGGGACACCGAGGAGAGGUCAGAGGGAGAUUAGGAGGAGGUGCUGGAUGCUGAAGGGGCAACAGGCUUUAGUGAGCAGGAAGAGCUGGUGACAGAGAGCAGUUCAGACUCUGAGGCUGAAGCAGAGGAGGGGGGGGUCAAGAGGCUGCUGAAGACUCCAGGGAGUCUCCCUCUCCUGCUGCGACAAGUUCCCCUCCUCACUGGUCUCCAAGAACAUGCAGAAUAAUCAGGAGCGCAGAACAGAGGCCAGAGGGGCAGAGGCACAGUUUGAGAUUGCUUGGGAAACAUCCAGGCGAAAGGUGGGAAGAUCUUAAGUCCCAGCAACUGCUCCACAGGAGGAACUGGGAAGUGUUGCUGAGUUGUAUGCCGUUUCCUUGACUAAAGAGUUAACUUCACUGACAACGGAGCCCUGCGUCUUUCAUGCUGACCUGUUUCUGACUCUAGCCCUGACAGCAGAACUUGUGGAACAACUGGAGAAGAAAGACCAGGGCUGUCCGAAACCUGUCGCUUUAAGCUCAGUAGAGCUUUCUGCUUUCUCACAUGCUGACACUGCAUGUUUGGUGCAACUAUUCAUAAAGGCAAAUGCGUGGUUUUGCAACGCAGAUUCAAAUAAUUGUUUCAGAGGAGGUACAUAUUAUUAUUGCCAGCAAGUAGCCUGAUUGGAUGUCAUGCUUCCCGUUCAAAAGUAGAGGCAUUGCUCAAAGCGGUAUAACUCAGAUCUAAAUCAUUGUUAAUCAUCAUCCACCAGAGCUAUCAGCUUCCUCAUUAAAAACAUAAUCCUGUGCAUGUUUACUCAAGAACAAGCAACAUCAUUUUCAGUGGUGCUUGCUCCUAGGUAAGUGUGCAUAGGGUUACAGCCUUAGUCACAUUUUUCUUUCUGGACGAUCUGGCUGCAUUUUGAAACCUCCUGCUGUCUUGACACACAUAUCUGCAACAGCCAAUGCAAUGCUGUCAAUUGCUAGGACUGCUACCAAUACCAUAUUACAGUGGUACCUCGGGUUAAGUACUUAAUUCGUUCCGGAGGUCUGUACUUAACCUGAAACUGUUCUUAACCUGAAGCACCACUUCAGCUAAUGGGGCUUCCUGCUGCUGCCGCGCCGCCGGAGCACGAUUUCUGUUCUCAUCCUGAAGCAAAGUUCUUAACCUGAAGCACUAUUUCUGGGUUAGCGGAGUCUGUAACCUGAAGCGUAUGUAACCCGAGGUACCACUGUACUGGGAGGAGAACAGCCAUACAGUUUCUACCACUUGCCGGCUUCUGAUCAAAAAGUCAAGUUCAGCAAAAGAGACAAUCAGCCUGAGUCAGAAGAAUGAAAACACUUUUGGAACAAGGGCAAUGAGGAAAUAACCGAGCCAAGCCCCACACUUUCCAUUCACAACUUUGCAGCUCCCCCUCAAGCCAAUGUUUGCCAAGCUGUCAAAAGGUGUAAAAUGUCAUGUUCUUAGUUGCCCCGGUGAUGUAUUUUUACAAUCCAUAAAUCCAUCACUCUCCUCAAAUCUGGGACUUACAAAAUUAAAAGUGGCUGUUUUAGGAGUUAAGAAAUCCAACUGGGAAACGCUUAAGACAGGAAAGGCAGGAAAAUCCAGAGGUCUGUUUGACUCUCCCGGAGAUUCUAUCUAUAGCCUUUGGCAUGUCAUAUGUUGUGACAAUGAUUGCCUCGGCUGGCUUGUUCCUUAACCUUUCUUUUGAUUCCCCAGUUGUUGUGUUGCAUUGUAUCAGUGUCGUUCUAUUUCACCUAUGCAUUUAGUGUCAUGAUGCUUUGAAAAGAGCCCCUCUGCCCCAAGGGGCUUGUAAUCGAAAACAAACACUCUUGAUUUUGCGGGAAAUGUAUUGCUUGGAGUUGUUUUGAUAUAAAAUAAAUGUGCUUAUUGAAAAUAAAAAAUAUACACAAGGAAACGACAGAGGGAGGGGGAAAUGGAGGAGUGGGUGGACAAGGGGAGAAUGGGCAUAUAUUCUAAAGCUCAUCCAGUUCACAUUUAAAGCACAAGGCUUCCCACACAGAAACCUGGGGGGCUGUAGCUUCCCCAAGAUGUUCGUUCAUUCAUUUCCUUGCUCCUCUUCAUUUACAGAAUCUCAGAGUCCGCACAACCGGAGGCACGGAGUUUUUCACCCGCUCGGCCACAAAGUUUAAGGGUGCUUUGGCACAGAAGUUCAUGUUUGUGGAUGGAGACAAAGCCAUGAGUGGCUCCUACAGGUACGUGGACUUCCUAGACACCGCCCUUUAGAGACCAGCCGAGAAUCUGCUGCUCUGCCUGCAGUUUUUGAUAAGGAAUUCCAUGCCGUGUGAAACCAGACAGCUCAGUUGGCAGAGUGUGAGACUCUUAAUCUCAGGGUCAAUUCCUGCAUUGAAGGGGGUUGGACUAGAUGACCCGCAUGGUCCCUUCCAACUCUACAUUUCUACAGCGGACACGAAUGCAAAAAUUCACACAGCCUCUUUCAUUCUGGCAGGGCUUUCAAUCAUUUAAGCAGAAAUGGUUUAUGGGGGUGGAGGCAGAGCUUGGGACCAGUUUACUGGGGGGGGUCGCCUUACCCCAAAUAGGCCCACUCAACUGCUUCGACCUGAAGAACAGACAAGUCACAGGCACCACACACUUUUGUUAGGACGCGGCAACCCUUUGCAACAUUUUGCUGCACAUCCCACUUGUAUUCCACUGCUUCCACUGAUGCAGUGUAUUGACCCCUGCAGCCAAUACACCAAUCCCCAUCUUCAUCUCAGUCCUAUUUGCAUGGCCAGCAACUAACAUCAAAAUUCCGCUUUGGCUAUUGCUUUCAAUAGGCAAGUGGCCUAGAAAUAUUUGUAAUGUGUUAGAAUAAACACACACACACACACACACACACACACACACACACAGUGCCACAUCACUGACUGUUAUGCUUUCCAUACCAGAAAACAAAACGUCAAGACCAAAAGUGGGCAUCUAUAGGCGAGCAAUAAUUAGCAUAAGUGCUCCAUCCAUGUUAUUAUCUGGUUGACAUUUUGAUUACAUUUUUUCCAUUGUUAUGGCAAAUGUGAUUGCAAUUUUUAUUCAGUUUUGAUGAUUAUAUCAGUUCUUUGUUUAUUAUCAUGAAAUUCUUUGGGCCUCAGAUGGUUGGAAGGAGACAGGCAGGUGAAGAGUUUUAGAAAUUAAUUAAGGGGGGAGGUCUGUUUUCAGGACAGAGCAGGAUUUGAUGAGCCUACAAAUUCACACACCUAUUGUAAGAUUUUUAUUCUUCAGAAUUAUGCCUUUACUACGGCUGCAUUCACAUGCAAUGCUAAGCCAUAGUUUGCUUUAACCAUGGUUUGUUCCACAAACCACGAAUAAUCUCACAGACUGGGUAUAACUUCUACAAAGCUUGGUUUGUUUCCCAGCUGCUCUUGUCUUGAGCCUCUGUAGCUCAGUGAGCAUCUGAGACAAGGUGUCUCAGAUAUUAGGAGAUAAUAUCAAAUCCGAUUUAAAGCCAUGGUUUGUAGGACAGCUUCACACCAUGGUUUAUUGCCAUGAAAACAAACCAUCGUUGGUCUGCUGGGCUUGUGCAUUCCAGCAAACCCACAGUUCCCAUAGUUAGAUGAAAACAAACCAUGGUUUGCCAUUGAGUGCAAACUAGGCCAUUGGGAGGCAGAUUUUAGCAGAUCUUUUGUUUUCAUCUAAAUACAGGAAGGGGCAGGGACCAAGUCAUUAAUAACUCCUGUAUCUGUUCCUACCCAGCUUCACCUGGUCCGCUGCAAGAACCGACAGGAACAUCAUCUCGGUCCUCACAGGACAGGUGGUCGAGGCAUUUGACAAGCAGUUCCAGGAGCUGUACCUCAUGUCUCGGGGGGUCAGCCUGAAAUCUAUCCCCAUGGAAGAGGAGCCGGAACCAGAGCCUCUCAUAUUACCAACUCUCGCCCCCGUGAACCCAGCCGUGGUGAAGAAAAUGUUCAACCCCAAGUACGCCCUCGUCAAGGCAAAGAGCGCCGAGCAGAUUAACAACAGCAAGGCCAGCAGCGACAAGAACGUCGCCGAGCAGCAGAAGGCCGAAGCGAAGAAGAAAGCCAUCCCGGAGGCUCGGGUAUCCGAGAGGCCCAGCGACAUCGUCGAGACGGCGCCGCCUAUUCACCCAGGACUGCUUAACCUGGAGAAAGCCAACAUGUUUGAAUACCUGCCAACUUGGGUUGAACCUGACCCAGAACCCGGGAGCGAGAUAUUGGGCUACAUCAACAUUAUCGAUCCCAAAAUCAAGAACAUCCAGCUGUCGCAGAUGAACCGCAUCAAGGUGUGCGACGUCUCAAAAGCCAACGCCCAGCACAAGAAGAUGCUCAGGCAAAAAUCCCAAGAGGCUAAAAGAGGCCACGACAACCAGCCUGCCGUGACGCCUUGCCAACAGCUCAAUGCUGCCGCUGCCCCGGCGCAAACCCAGGAGGCCCGUCCGAACCCCACAGCCAGCCCCACGGAAAAGACUCCAGGGAACUCGAGGAACGGAGAGACAUUCGCCACUCUGGCCAACAGUCAGCACUUGAAGCAGCCACUGGACGCACAAACUCAAGGCCAAGGGGACAGCAAGGGCGCUGUGCCCCCAGUCCCCAAACCACGGACAGUCCACGUGACGGACUUGAUCUCCACGAAAGCUGUAUGUGCCGAGGACGGAGCUGCUUCGGCAGAGGACACCCAAACGCAGCAUCCGGGGACCGGGGCCACAAACGCAACACAGAAUGAGAAUCCCGAACAGGGUCCGGAUGCAAGGAGCAGCUGCAAACUCAGUCGGCAGGCGUCCGUCUAUGAGGAAGUAGCCCCCUUCCCCGUGAAUGGGGUUCAAGGGGGCGAGGCCGAGGAGGAAGAGGAAGAGGAGGACUAUGUGACAUUAAGCGACCACGAGAGCCUGUCGGGCAGUUCCGCCACCAACCACAGCCACCUCCACUCCGACGCGUCCUCCGUCUCCGAUGAAUACUGCAAGGGGAGGCGGCCCUGCGGGCCUCUGCGGAGGACCAAUUCCGACUUCCUCCCCAACGGAGGCGGCCACAGCCCUCAGCACCACCCAGACUUUCAGAGGAAGCUGAGCGAGCCCUACAUGAGUCGGGGCACCUUCCCCAGUCCUCUGGGGAGCCCCCAGCCGAUGCUAAGCCUGGGGGUGGCCAGCCAGAUGAGGAGGAGAAGCGACAGUGUGGAGGAGAUUAGGUGUGUUUUGGGAAGGGACCGUAAUCCGCAUGCUUUGCCCGACGGCUACAAUACCUGUCUGAGCAAUGCUCCACAGGUAGGAUUAUCUGUUGUACCCUUUUACACUUAGCUUGUUGUAAAGUUCUGUAACGUAACAAGAGACGGCACACGAAGCACAGCUGAGAGCUAAUAUAGGUCAAACCUAUAUAGGAUCAAACCUGUAAUAAUAUAGCUUUGAUCCCAAUGCAUGAUUGCUGUGCUAAUGACUGCGACUGUCACCUGAUAAUCUGUAUUUUCCACUGGGUGGGGCAGAUGGGAGGAAGGUUCUGGAGGUGGGAAGUCUGGCGUAAGAGAUGCCAAGACAGUCAUCAAAAGAACUUGGCCAAAAAGCUGGUUUGGUUGUGCAUUCCAAAAUGGUAGACGACUCAGAGAACUAUGGUCACAUUCACACAAUACAUUUAAAACUUUAAACAGUUGUGGCUUCCCCCAAAGAAUUCUGGGAGCUGCAGGUGGUUUUUUUAAAGAGUGCUGCAACUUGUUCGGAAACUCCUGUUCCCUUCCUCACAGAGCUACAAUUCCCAGAGUUCUCUAAGGAGAAGCCUUGGCCUGUUAACCCCUCUGGUAGUUCUGCUGGGGAGGAAUACAAGAGGUGCCCUAAAAACUCCCAGCAUCCUUAAACGACACUUCCCAUGAUUCUUCAAAGGAAACCACAAUUGUUUAAAGUGAAAGGAUACUGCUUCAAACGGAUAGAGCACAUUGGGGCUAACACUGGGUGCAAGUGAGAGCGAUCUCAGUUCUCCAAACGCUGGUUCUUAUACAGCCGUAACAAAACUACGCACUGACGAGAGAGAUAUCAGCACCCUGACAAAUAAAUACUUAGAAAAACAAGUCUUCGGGGGUGAGGGGAGAGAGGGGGUGCCCACCAAAGGACUGAGCGCCCACUUUCAGUAGCUGUUGCUGGGUAGAGCUGGAACGAGACAGAACACCGGGUGGAAGAGAAAAUGGGAUGGAGCUCUUUAAGAAGGAGGACUCACCGCUGCAACAUUUUGUUGCAGGCCCCACACGUAAUCAUUUAAUUUCAUAUCGCCAGAGGCGAUACGUCUGCCAGACUCUGACACUUUAACAUGGCCUCCGCUCCUCCCAAUCCGCUGCAUUUUGAGGGGAAGCCGAUCCGCGUUAGGAAAUUGGAGGAACAGCCCCAGGCCUGCGGGAUUUCGGGCCUCUGCCGUCCCAAAUCACGGCAGCCUCUUUGGCACCUGAGCGAGAGCAGUGUGUGUGGAUUUUGCCACCUAUGCAAAGCGGAGCGAGGCAUGGCCCGGCCUGCCCACGAAAACACACCCUUCUUAAGCUGCGUUGCUGUCUCUCCUUGUUCCAAACGCGGUCAUCAAAAGCAUAAAUGCCUGGACGCAUUCUCACACGAGAGGAGCGUCACAAACACGCUAUAAAACAGGGAGGGCGGCGUCUGUUCGUCAACAUUGCAAUGGCUGGCUUUGUGGGAUUUGCAAACAGGCUAAGUAGGCUGCAGCUUAGAGCCUCAGAUAACAAGGGGCCUCUCAAUAAAUUUUAUUUGGCUAAAUUUCAGGUUUUGCCCAGCCGGCAAGGAAUAAAUAGGCUCAUGGCAAGUUACAUAUUUUUGCCGAGUUGUACAUUUCCAGUUGCAUCCUCGCCUACGUAUGUGUAUAAAUGGAAAUAUAAAACUUCAUUAUUUCUAUUUUCAUUGUUCUUCCUGUUAGAAUAAUACACAUUUGGUGGGAGGGGGUAACGCUAUGGGGUCUUUUACAUUUGGCGUAGCUUAACAAGGAAGAUGCUUGUAAAAAAAUAAGUCCAUAUUGUUCAAAACUGCAUACAAAAAUGUGUUUAUUAAGAAAAACUCGCACUAAAAUGUUGAUUGGUUUUCAUGAGAAUUCUAAUUUUUUUCCCCCCUUAACGAAAUAGUAAUUGCGGACUGUUGCGGAAAUAUGUGGGAACUGAUUUUAAGACUGGGGAAACGAGAAACUGAGAGCGCCUAAAUUGCCAGAUCUAUCCAUCCUUAUAUAGGUUGCACCCUUACUUCUGAGUAGCUGUGCUUAGGAGGCUUGCAAGCCAUGGGUGAUGUAAGAACAUAGUUCUGUGGAUGAAAGAAAACUUUAUCUGAGCCAAGCACAACACAUUAUCUGCCUGCGCUUGGCCACUUAAGAUGCUGAUGAUACUUUCAACUCGCCUUCCCUCUCCCAGGGGCCGGUCGACUUUUGCAAGGCUGGGCGUGCCGAUGCCUUUGAAGUCUUGACGCAGCCGCGUCCCCUGACCUGGCAUGCUAUUAUUGACUGGGUCAGGCUGGUUUCUGUUACGCUUGCAAGAUGCUUAAACAGGCCAGGUGUUUCGGGCUGCUCUGAGGAGCUGCCUGUUGCCACUGAGAGCUCAGAGGCUCUUUCAAAGUCGCCUCUGAUGCAAACCCUACCAAGUAGGGUUGCCAGUUCUCCAGGACUGGCCGAAAGCCCCCCAGGUUUGCCUGGCCCACUUCCAGGUGGCAAGGGAAGGGCUUGAAACUCCAGGCGAGCAAGGGUCCCUCUAAUACUGAAAAAUGAUUAAGAUGACAAUGUGUGUGGCAUGCAAGCUUCUUCAGCCUGGAAAGACCUGGCUGCAAAUUAUUGUAUGAACUCUCGGGGAGUCCUCUCCCCUGCCAAUUAACUUCCAUCUCCAGGGCUCAGUGGUGCAAGGAUAACCAGGAUCUGCCCCAUGACAUCACCAGCACCCACCCCCUAUGUGUCAGGUUUGAGGUCUGAAAUUCUAGAGUCUGGGGUGCUCCUGACCUGCCAACGCUACUAUGAAAUCAUUUCCCUUUCAUUGUCUGCUUUCUUCAUUGCUUCCAUUUCUUUGCAUUAUAAUCUUCUUGCCGCCGUCAUCAAAUACGAAGUUAUCACCUCAUGUUCCACUGAACCCUCCCUAUUACUUAAGAGGAAGAACACAAGGCCAACACGUGCCCCCACCCCUUUACAUAUUUCUUAAAAGUAUAAUAAAACUUGUUGCUGUUGAACUACCAACAAAUAUGCUUCCCCCACACCUGCUUUUAAAAAGGAGACUGGGCAAGCUCACGGAGGGUGGAUUUAUCCAUGGCUACUAGUCAUGGUGGCUAAAUGGAACCUCCAAGUCCAGGGAAAGUCUACCUCAGAGUAACACUUGAUGGUUAAAGGCAAGAGAAGAAGAGGCCUGUUGCCUCCGUGACAGCUCCUCCGUGCCUCAAGAGUAUUAGAAAACUGUAAGGAUUGGGUCCCUGAGUUUCCUUCUUGGAGGUUAUUGCAGCUUACCUGGAUACAGGAUCCGGCUUAUCAUUCCGGGCAUGAUUAUGACAACCAUGGGAAGCAUUUUCAAAUAGCUGGCUAGGAUGGACCCGGCCUUGGCAUGAUUGAGGUUCUUUGCUGAGAGAGACCUCUGGACAAUGACCUGUGAGAAAGAGAGAGAGAGAAAAGGAUGUACCGUAUUUUUCGCUCUAUAGGACGCACCCGACCAUGGGACGCACCUUGUUUUAGAGGGGGAGAACAAGAAGAAAAAAAAUCUCCCCCUCUCUGCUCAGCGCCCCUUCAGCGAAGCAACAGGAGAAACGGAGCCCCUUCCAUUUCUCCUCCUGCUUGGCUGAAGGGGCGCUGAGCAGCUCUCCCUCUCUGCUGAAGCCAGGAGAGUCUUGCUCUCCCGGCUUCAGCAAAAGGAACCCGAAGCCUGCGGAGCGCAGCGGGAACUCAUGCUGCGCUCUGAAGGCUUCAGGCGGCUAUCCCUGAAGCCUGGAGAGUGAGAGGAAUCAGUGCGCACUGACCCCUCUCGCUCUCCAGGCUUCAGCGAAAGCAACGCGUAGCCUCCGGAGCGCGGAGGGAGCGCUCCCUCUGCGCUUUGGAGGCUUCGCAUUGCUAUCGCUGAAGCCAAGGAGCCUGCAUUCACUCCAUAGGACGCACACACAUUUCCCUUUAAUUUUUGGAGGGGGAAAAGUGCGUCCUAUAGAGCGACAAAUACGGUACCUCAUGGAUUGGGAAUCCUUUCCAGCAUAAGGGCCACAUUCCCUUCUCUGCAGCCUUCUGAGGGCCACUUGCCAGUGGCGCCCAAAGCAACACAUGUUGAUUUUCCCUUUCAACAGCAGGCUAGGUUCUAUACAUUUUAAGAUGGUGCCCAUCGACUGCAGUUACUAUUAAUUCUUCCAUUAAAAAAUCUAUUACCAAAUCAAGGAGGACACCUGCUUUAAUCAAAAGGCUGUUUGAUAAAAAUCAACGCAUCUAGCCAAUUGCACACUGCAGCCUUAAUUCAUUGUCAUCAAAGCUGCGGAUCUUGUAUGCAAGUAGCUACCUACGGUCGAUUCCCUUAAUUCUUUUCCACAAAGGUGGCUGGCAUUGUAGGCAAGAGAGACUUAACCAUAGCAUCCUAUUAUUUAUUCAAUAGGGCUGAUUGUAUGUUUUAUAAAACCAAUAUAGGCAGGGCUAGAUGACACUUGGCACAAAGCAUUUUAAAUUAUGCUCUAGUACAAUAAAAAAAAAAGCUAGAAAAUUGAUUUUUUGAAAUGUACCCAAUGGAAGUUCGUAUUUUCAGGAAGCUGAAUCCUGCGGUUUUUGACAACUGAUUCUAGCUUUUGGGGGGGGUUGGUUGUUUGUUUUUGCUGCGCUUCAAUAGAAUUGCAGGAUGCACACAAUCCUGAACAAAGAUGGAUGAGCUCUCCCAAGCUCAUCUCGCAUUAAUUCAGAAAGGGCUGAGAUUUGGGGAACCCCCAGACCAUUGUUUACAAGCCAACGUCCAGAAAAACGAUUCAAAUUUCAGCCUCUAAAAUAUUCCACUAUUCAAUGUGAUAGAGCAACGUUGCUCUGUUUCAUUGCGUACAGAGAGAAUUUAAAAGGCUGCAAGGACAAAAAUCAGUGGUGCUAGGUGUGGAGGACUGCUUCCACCGCCAGGUCCAUUAUCGGGCUUGAGCUUUGCAGCUGCUCUCCCAACAGCUGGCUGGAAGUUGGACGUUGUAGCCCAAAACAUCUGGAGAACAUCAAGUUGGGGAGAAGCAGGAUAAGGGGAGAAACCAGAAAUCCUUCUCUGGCUCAGAUUCUGGCCCCAGAAAAUAACUCUGGGGUUUGUUAAAGCUCAUCUCUCCUUUGAGUCAGGCAUGGACAAACUCGCAAAGUAUUUUUCCUGAACCUGACUUGGGAGAACUUCAAAUCCAGCGUCCCAAAUCCUGCCAGGGUGCAAAGAGUUGCUUCUGAUGCAACCAGGAGCUUGAGGUUGGUUGGUUGGUUGUUGCUGUUUUCAACAUUCUCUCCUUUGAACAGCGCCUCCACCCCAAAUCCUUAUCAAAAUCUGCUUCAAGAGCAGACCAUCCGUGGAGAGGGAAGCUGUCGCUUGAGAAAGAAAUAUCCUCGUUUGCCCUAAAAAUAAAACUUUGUGCUUAUGAUCCACUGAAGCCCAGUACUGAACUGUGUUCUAAAGCAAUAAAUCCCCAAUCAAAUUGUGCCUCUGCUGUGAACUUGGGACCAGACUACAUGUGAUGGCAGCAAAUUCCCUAUGGGAAAAGGGGGUCACUUUUAAUUAAAUUGCCCCCCAUCCUCCUUUGCCACCUGGAGCUCGUUAGAGAAUGGUUCAGUUCAGCUCUGAUUCAUCCAUUUGUGUCCAGUCAUCAGACCACGACAAAAAAAAACCAGUAUCAAAAUAGAAUGAAGUUAGUUCUUAACUUAGGUGAACUGCAACAUAAACAUUCUUAGAAUGCCAACCAUCCUUGGCAGAUCACAACAUGCUCCAUUAAAACGGAAAUAUUGUUCCACUGUUACAAAAUAUUAAAAUGAAAUAAAACAAAAUGAUGCCAAUCCGAAUAAACCUCUGUGAAACCUAAGUGAAGAUUGGCAUAAAACAAGUAGAAGAUUCUGAAAUAUCUUCCUGGCAAGAUACAACAUAAUAAUUUUCUCCUCUCCUUGCUUACUACAGACAGAAAAUGCACGGCCUCCGCAGUUACAUAUUUAUCUUGUCCAUCCAGCAGAUAAAUUACAGGCUCGCGGUCAGGCCUCUCCCCACCUCUCCCUAAAAUUUGCCCCAAAGUGUUGCUCUCUCAACACACUUCAAUAUAUAAUAAUAUGUACAAAGCCUACAGCCCAUUUUAAACCACAAGGACAGGUAUGUCCAGAAUACGGCAUAUUUCUUAACUUUCUUCCUAGGGUAGCUAAAGGCUGGUUCAGGUGCAAAAAGCAAUUGCCUGGUGAUUAAUAUUAAGGGGGGGAGGAUUUAAAUUGCACGAUGCCCCGUGAGUAAAGCCUGGGAGGGUUUGUUUUAAUAGACAAUGAGUGCAUGCAUCCUGCUUUGAAGGUGACGUGGGUGUCUGAGCAUGCUGCUUACAAAAGCCUGUCUUGUCCAUAUUUUCCCACUUCGCUGUUGAUGGGCAGGACUAAGCAUGCUGGUGACCUUCUCAGAUUCAUCAGAGAGCUGAAGGCUGCAGUCUUUGGGACCAUUACAAGGGAGAAUGCUCCACUAGGCAUGGUGGGACUCCAUUCCACAUAGGAAUGGAGGGGGGAUUCAAUUCAGUUGACAUUUAAAGGCAAACUACCCUAAGUUCGGGACACGGGUGGUGCUGUGGGUUAAACCACAGAGCCUAGGGCUUGCCGAUCAGAAGGUCGGCGGUUCGAAUCCCCUCGAUGGGGUGAGCUCCCGUUGCUCGGUCCCUGCUCCUGCCAACCUAGCAGUUCAAAAGCACGUAAAAAGUGCAAGUAGAUAAAUAGGUACCGCUCCGGCGGGAAGAUAAACGGCAUUUCCAUGUGCUGCUCCGGUUCGCCACAGAGCCUAGGACUUGCCGAUCAGAAGGUCGGCGGUUCGAAUCCCUGCAACGGGGUGAGCUCCCGUUGCUCGGUCCCUGCUCCUGAAUUCCCAAAUUCCCAGCCAUGCUCCAGCCAAGCGUUAUGUCUAGUAAUCAAAUCUGUGAGAGGACAAACGGUCAGGGGGGAAACCCUGUUUUCUAGCCAAGAAGGCAAAAAAUCAGGGGAAGCUCCUUCGGCCAAUAAAGCAAGAUGAGCGCCGCAACCCCAGAGUCAGCCACGACUGGACCUAAUGGUCAGGGGUCCCUUUACCUUUACCUUUAUUCCUAGUCUCCUGUCCUAGAAAUGAAAUUCAGCCAGCGAUGCUCCUAGCAUGAAUCACAGGAGCAUAGAAAGCUGAGUUAGACCAGCGAUCUGUCCCUUUCCACUAAGGCAGCCUUUCUCAACCUGUGGGUCCCCAGAUGUUGUUGAACUACAACUCCCAUCACCCCUAGCUAGCAAGGCCAGAGCUCAGGGAUGAUGGGAGUUGUAGUCCAACAACAUCUGGGGACCCACAGGUUGACAACCGCUGCACUAAGCGCUCUUCCACACUUCCGUUUGUCCCAGAUUUCUAAGCAUGGGACCAAGAGGUUUUUCCUUUCAUACUGCCCCAGGAAAACCUGCCGUUUUCUGCUGAAUCGGAAGAAACGUCUAUCAGGUUUGCUGCAGGAAAGCAACGGUGCAAAAGAAAAACUUCUCACACCCAUGCCUAGAAACCGGGGUACAAAGGAAGUGUGCCUGAAUGCACAUGGAAUUUCCUGUGCCUUCUUUGGUUGGAGAACUCCAUCACCAAAUCGGGAGAAGCGAAAAUUGCAACUAGAGUUAUGUUUCACACUCUGGGGAGGGUUAAUUUGGUAGGUUGCCAUUAAAUGCGAAAGGAAUGAAUUUCUCCCCUGCACUAGUCCAGAGCAAUUAACAUGGGCAGGCACUGGACUUCUCUGGGGAACAAGCAAAGAGAAGAUGCACAGGUAAGACAAGUCUAGUUUGGGCCUCUUAUUUGGAACAAUAAAAAUAGACUGAGGAGGACAGGAUCCCUCCUCUCCUCUGGUUCAUCCCCAUCUCUCUCCUCGAUUCCAGCUGGCUUCUCAGUUUCGCAAACUAUUUUUUUAAUCCCUGAUUCUUAUCAGCAUGUGGAUUUCAUUUCUGGCACAGGAGACCCUGCAGAAUAACAGGGCAGAACUUUUCUUCCUAUGAGAUCUCAGUGGCAGCCUUAAAGCCCUAGCCUGUGCAAGUUUACCCAGAAGUUAAACUCCUCUCACUCUCUUCCAGACAACUGCAGUUUUGAAAGUCGCAGGCGUCAUAAGUUAGGUUUUUUAACUGGAUUUAGCUUUGCUGCAUUUGUUGAGCUUGGUGCACCCCACUUGGAGACAAUUGCGAUGAAGCGGUAUAUAGAUUUUAGUGUGCUGAAUAAUAACAGCAAACACCAGGAAGGCUGACUCCCAACAUCAAAAAAGGACAUCAAAAAAGCAACAGCAGCAGCAGCAGCAGCAGCAGCAGGGAGGCAAUGUUCAAACGUAGGUGAAAAUUCAGCUUUUGCAAGCUGAAGAAAAAAAAUAGGGAUGCUCCAGCAGGCUCAUCAUCUUCAAAGCAGAACGUAACUAUUCAUUAUCUAUUAAAGUCAACCCGCCCAGGCCUUAUUCACAGGGCUGUUGUGCUAUUGUUCCCAUUGCACAGAAGAGGAAAACUAAGUCUUCCGCUUUCCUUUGCUUGCAUCCGAUAAGCGGGGGAAAUGCAGAAUGACUUUUGAUGGCACUCCUGUGACUCAACGGAAGUGCAUGAUUCACCUUGGCUUGGUGCAAGAUCAGGCAACAGCCAGCCCUGCCUUCGCCUUUUUCCUGGCAAUGAAGCAUAUCUCAGAUGAUUCACAGCUGAGGAUGUAAGAAGGCAUCGCUUUUCAUUCCUCCCUGUAUUUGUCUCAUGCAGGGUUGUUUCCGUACUGCUGCAGUUUGCCUUUUGCCAAAAAACUAUGUUAUUCACCUCGCUGCCUGCUGUGGUGAAAUUAUGCGGCUUACGUAAUUUAUGCAAUGACAUAAGUUACCUUGUCAUUACGAUAUUCCACCCCAUUCAUUUCAAUGCAAAGGAGAUGCAAUGCAAGGACCGUGGGAGGGGAACAUAAUCAAUGAUAUUUCAUUGGUGGACUGAAAGCAACAGCAGGAAAUAACCAUUGUGUUCAUUGGAUCAAUUUCCAUUCUGAACAUAGAAAACUCUACUCCUGUUUUCAGUAGAAUUCUCCGAUAUUUGUAUUUGCUGCAUGCCAUGUUGGCUGAGAGAGAGAGAGAGAGAGAAAUGGGAAUCUUUGCAGCCGUUGAUAAGUCCCAGUGUUAAAGAAAUAAGGGGCGCCCACUAAUUUCAUAAUGCACUUUUGCUAAUCUAUGUUGCUGCCGAAUUUGGAAGAAAGGUGCACCAUUCUGACUGUCUCAAAAAGGGGGGAAACGACAUUGCGGUUCUUGGAAAUGAUGAUAAUAAUAUUUUAUUUCUUGUACCCUGCCCAUCUGACUGGGUUGCCCCAGCCAAUCUGAGCAGCUUCCAACAGAAUACAGUCAUACCUCGGGUUACAGAUGCUUCAGGUUGCGUUUUUUCGGGUUACGGACCUGCCAAAAUCCAGAAUUACCGGAACGGGUUACUUCCGGGUUUCGGGGUCGCGCAUGCGCAGAAACACCGAAUCACAACCCGCGUGUGUGCAGACGCACCCCUGAGAGUUGCAAAUGUGCAUCCUGCACAGAUCACGUUCGCAACCCGAGCGUCCGCGGGAUAAAAGAACACAACAAAACAUCAAACAUUAAAAGCUUCCUGAUACUGGGCUGCCUUCAGAUGUCUCCUAAAGAUUGUAUAGUUACUUAUCUUCUUGACAUCUGAUAGGAGGGCGUUCCACAGGGCGGGCGCCACUACCGAGAAGGCCCUCUGCCUGGUUCCCUAUUGUUUCAUUUCUCACAGUGAAGAAGCCCCCAGAAGGCCCUCGGAGCUAAAUUUCAGUGUCUGGGCUGAAUGAUGAGGGUCAGGGGCACCAACAUUGGCCCCAGAUUACGGGUGCCCAACGGCACCCACAAUGUAACGUGAUGUCAUGUAACAUCGCGUGCGUCGCAGCGGCGCCUGGGAGGCCUCCCAUACGACUUCUGAGGUCACAUGAGAGGCCUCACAAGGUCUCCCAUGCAACUUCCAGUUUCUUCCGAGGUCUCAACUCUUGUUUCAAAACAUGGCUGGAAAUGACCAUGGGAAAUCACCUGUGGAAUGCUUGAGUCCCGUAGUGUGAAAUUGACGAUGGGCUCCAAGAGGGCCGGAUUUAGGUUUGAUGAGGCCCUAAGCUACUGAAGGUAAUGGGGCCCUUUAUAUGUCCAGCUGUCCUUUGUCAGGGACACGGGUGGUGCUGUGGUCUAAACCACAGAGCCUAGGGCUUGCCGAUCGGAAGGUCGGCGGUUCGAAUCCCCGCGACAGACGGAGUGAGCUCCCGUUGCUCAGUCCCUGCUCCUGCCAACCUAUCAGUUCAAAAGCACGUCAAGUGCAAGUAGAUAAAUAGGUACCGCUCCGGUGGGAAGGUAAACAGCAUUUCCGUGCGCUGCUCUGGUUUGCCAGAAGCGGCUUAGUCAUGCUGGCUACAUGACACGGAAAAAUUAUCUGUGGACAAAUGCCGGCUCCCUCGGCCUAUAGAGUGAGAUGAGCACACAACCCCAGAGUCGUCUGCGACUAGACCUCACGGUCAGGGGUACCUUUACCUUUUUAUGCAGCACUCCAACUAGAAAUGUACACAAAUACAUACAUACAUACAUACAUACAUACAUGAAAGUGCACACUGAAAUGCAAAUGUUGGUGAAAUUAGCAUGCUAAAAUGCAUCAUAGGGGAAAUUACUUUUAAAAAUGUAAACGGAAAAACUGCAUACAAAAAAAUGUGCAUAUUUGGAGAAAGUACAUUUGUCUCACUUCAGAGAAGCCGCACUCUGUUGCCAAGGUUUGAUUGGCUUUACAGACUAUGGUUUGUUGGAGAGAAACAAACGAUAGUAUUCAGUUCAGACAUAAUGCUAAGCCAGGGCUGAGGAGCCUUAUAUUGGGCCACAAUCCCUCAUGGGGUAAUUUCCAGGGGCCUGUUGCAAAAGUGGGUGGAGCAACAUAUGCAACUCUUGGCUUUGCAAAGUAGGUUGCUUUCCAGUUGUGCAAAAGUCAAAGCUUUCUACAUUCUCACAUGUUGCAUCUCUCCAUGCUCCAUUCAGGCAAGCAGACGGCGUUAUUACACUUCAUGGAUAUGUUCCAACUGUGGGAAUGUUCAGGGAGGCAGGAGAGGGUAUAUUGUUUAAUGAUAUGCUUCCUAACCUGCGUUAGCAAAUUCUAUAUCUUAGCAGAGUUUAAACAUUCCCCUUUAAACGCACAGCGGUUUGCUUGUUGCAGGUUAGCUUUAGGCUCUAAAUAUAGGAUUCCUGGUAAGAUCCCUUCUUGUCCCUCUUGAAAAGAAUAAACACGACAAUCUUAUUAAAGUGAAUAUAAAAGCAGUUUACUCACAUUCAUUCAGUUCACAGUUAGAUCCCUGAAGGCAGACUUAGGUUACAAAAGUAUAUAUACAUGUGGAACUAUCCCAUAAGGGAGUUAGUACCCAAGUGACUUCUCCUCACACAUAAAGAAAAACAAAAUGGAGGAGAGGAGCAAAAGAAGAUGGUGUGCUCCUCUUCCCCAGAUUAGGCCACACACACAGUAGUUACAUGUAGAGGAAGUCUGUCCCAGCUCAAGAGGAAACAGGAAGUUUUCUCCUAGCUGGUACAAAGCAUCUCCUAGCAUGUCCAUUCUAGGAAUGUUGUACUUGACUGCUAUGUAUCUGGAGAAGUGUGCAUGCACACAAAAGCUUAUACCCAGAACAAACAUAGUUGGUCUCCAAGGUGCUGCUGGACAAUUUGUUUAUUUUUUUAUUUAUUUCGACCGCGUCAGACCAACACGGCUACCCACCUGAAUCUUGACUGCUAUGUGUUUCACAUCCCACAUCAGCCAGGCGAAAAACGCUCAAGGAGGGUUUGGCCAAGGGAGGGUCCCCAAACAGAGGGCAAUAUACAGAAAUCUAGAAAGCUGCCUUUGGUGCAAUAGCCUGAGGUUCCCCACCUGUGGGCUAAGCCAAGAAUCGUGGUGAGGAAGAGCAAGAAUGGCCCAGAUCGCUGCAUUCGCAGAAACCCAUUAAUUAGGCUUUGCUGUGCUGUGUCAACAAGGCCCAAUAUAAGAAAGCUUCUUAGCAAUAUCCCAGCCUCUCCAGGUCAUCUGUCAUGGAUCCUGUUUGCUGAUCAGGUGUGGCACCCUAAUAAGUCUGUGUCGCUGUCUAAAUAUUUGCAAUUUUGCCUGGUUGUUUCAACAUGUUGAAAAGUCUCUCUGGCUCAAAGGUUUUGGCAGCCAGCAAGACUCCUUGAUCCAGGAUAAAGUGCGGCAGUACCUGGUUACAGAAUCAUAGAAUUGUAUCGUUGGAAGGAACCCUGGGGGUCAUUAGUCCAACCCCCAGCAAUGCAGGAAUCUCAGUUAAAGCGUCCAUGACAGAUGGCCACCCAGGGUUAACUAUUUUCAUUUCCUUUUAUUUAUAUGCAAAAAUUUCUGAACCACCAGCAAUAAGAAAAAGAUAUCAUGCUGCUAAACAUGUUAUCACCCAUAGUCCUGGCUAUAAAAUAACUACAGUGAUGGAUUAUGGUGGUUAUCGAUAUUAUUACUACACAGGGCUUGUAGCAUAUUCGGCAUAUUUCACCUGCUUUAUUUGAGCCAUCCUUACAAGAUAUAAGGUAGGAUAUGAUUAUUCACCCCCAUGAAGUAGGGGAAAGAGGCAAGGAGAAUAGAGGACUGCCAGCUACUCAGAAGAGAGGCUCCUGGUGUGCUUGUAAUAUGUUAAGAGUUUCUACAGUGCUUUGAAAACAUGUCGUUGUGACUUACAAGCUGUCUUGCUAGGAUUUAUGUCCUGAAAGAUGUGACGUACCGUAUUUUUCUGUGUAUAAGACGCCCCCCCAUGUAUAAGACGAGCCAUUUGCAGCACGGUGGGAUCACUUUAGGCUUCCCCCAAAGAAUCCUGGCAGCUGUGGUUUGUUAAGGGGGCUGAGAGUCGUUAGGAAGACCCCUCCCCAAACUACAAUUGCCAGAGUUCCUUGUGAAGAGAGACUGGUGAUGGUUAAACCGCUUUGGGAAGCGUUUGGCAUUCGACCUUUGGUCCCCAUUCUGUAGUGUAUCUAAGCAGACGGAACUGAAGUCGGGAUGGAAGGAUCCGACCAUUUUGAUUUCUCUCCGUUUCUCAUUCUUCCCAUCUUAAAUUCAGUUCUCUGCAUUUCUGCCACAAUUUGCAGGUUUUCUUUUUCAAAUCCUUGCGAAAAGUCUUCGGCUUUUUCGUGCAGACUUCUCCCAAUAAACCCACUUUUGUGUGCAGUUUUCGACUAAUGUAUACCUUUUUGCAAGCAAAUUCUCCUAACACGGGGCUUUUUUGCAUGUACUUUUCACUAAUAUACUCCUGCACAUUUUUAACUAACCCAUGCAUUUUUGGAAACGUCGGUUGGCUGAAGGCUUGGUGUAUUUCAGUUAUCAUGUAGGGCUCAUCCAACACUUCCACUUGUCCCAUUUCUAGGAAGCAGGGGUCCGAUGAGUUUUCCCCUUGCCCUGCUGAAUUGCCCCUUUAAUGCUAAAUUGGAGCAAACGUCAAUCUGGAGAUAACCUGAAUUGCCACUUGCUCAAAUUGUGCACCAAAGAGCUGGAGAAAAUAGCUGCGGGUCACAAGGAAGUUUGGAUAAGCCCAUAGUUUCAGAAACAGAAUCAAAUUUCUCCCUCAUUCCUAACAUUGAAAUGUUUGCUUGUUUGUUUCAUAUACUGCCCUUCACCUGAGGAUCACAGAGUAGUUUACAGAAAUACAUUUAAAUACAUUCUCUCUUUGUUUUGCCUGUCGCCUCCCCUUGUUUGCAUUAUGGACUGUAAGUUCAUUGCGGCAGGAACUUGUCCUGUUUUUGAAGCUGUCGUGACAUCACUGCCAUGACAUGACUGACAACAUCAUUGGCCGUGGCUGCUGCAAGUUGUGGACUAAAACAUCUGGAGAGGUUUUGGGUUCCUACACACACUUGCACACCCCUCUGUAUCCUCUAUCCGGGCAAACAAGAGACAGAGUCCAGGGAUGCAGUCCAGCCACACAAAAACACUCUGGAAGAGUACACCACAGGGUCAGUAAUGUGGGGCUUAGGGUGGAGUCCUGGGGACCAGAGAGAGUGGCCUGGAGGGGGACAUUUAGCCCCUGAACCUGAGGUUCCCCUCCCCCUGAUGUAAAUAAUACCAGAUACCAGUUGCUAACAACUUUCUUCCCCUUUUCGUGCUUCACAAACAGGGACCACAACUGCUCUGCUACGGGUCCAGGGUGCAAAUGUCUGUGGGAAGAGGCAAAAGUGGUUCCCCGCAGCAAGACGGACGCCAGGCCAAAAAGCAACCCCCAGGCCCAGCCGGCCAGCCGUACUGGCAGAGCAAAGGUUUCGGCACCUCCAAGAACACACAAGCCGGCCGCUUCUCCCAAGGAAGGAGCAGCCCCUCACGAGCAAUCUCCACCACAGAAGCCCAGAGGGCGGCGGAAGAAAUAAGGACACCCUUUGGCAUCCCGCUGUCCAAACUGUCGGAAUCCAAGCACCUAAAGAACAAGGUGUCUCCGUGGUCCGAUGCCAAGCGGAGGCAGCCAGGAGCCAGCAACCACAAAGAGCAAUAGGACAGGAGAUGGUCGCCCUGGGACGCUGAGAAAGAGCCCUGCCGGGGUCCGGGGAGGGACCCCCCACAAAAGUGGGGUUGCUUUGCAACAGUGCGCUCGCCCGGCGGGGAGAGGGGGGUUUACCUGGUCUGUGCACCAGUACCAUGUGGCCACGACCGAGAGCCCAAAGGUCAUUCCGGUCCAGGGCAAGUCUCCGGAGACGGGAUCCCGGAAGAGGUGCAUCGCAUCGAGCCUGGGCACGUGGCAGGUUGUGUUGGGGAUGAUCUUAGACGGCAUGGCCUUUAAGUAAGCUUCUUCCAGGUUCUGGUAGCCGCCGAUCUCGCCGAAAGCUUUGCAGGGGAUAGAGGGGGUGGGGAGAAGCAAUGAUUUGAAAUAGAUAUACCAAAACGGGAACAAAGGCUCACCUCUUCCUUCGCUUCCCACCGCGACUUUUAGCAAUGCAAGGAAAAAACCCGCCUUGGGGAUUUGGUAGGGGAACUCGCAAGCACGAUGGGUUUGCUGCGUUUCCUGAAAUCUCUAGCUCCCUUCGGUGGAGCAGGGGCUGCGUUGCAGGCAGAGGCUUGCAGGCUUGGUCCCUGCCAUUGCCGGUUAGACUGGCCGGAGCUAGAAGUAAUUGAUGGGAAAAUCCUUGGCCUGAAGCCCUGGGGAUUAGCCAGUGUAGGCAACACUCUAGCCUGGAUGGAUUUGGUAUCAGGCAUGGAGAGGGAAGCUUUUAGCCCCCAAGGGCCAUGCAUAGUACAGCUGUGUGUGUGUGUGCGUAGGUACCAACUCUAAGGGGCCCAGAUCACUUCGGGGGCCCCCCCCCAAAAUAUGGAGGGCCAGCUAGACCCCCAAUGGUGAGAACAAUCAGUUGUGGAGGAGGCCGAUCUCGAAGCCAGGCACAGCGUGGUUUCAGUGGCUAUUGGCUUCUCCUGCUGCCAUGGAAGGGAAGGGGGGGGGGAGCAGCCCCCAGCUGUGGCAGCAGCAGCAGGAGGAGACUGAGUGCCAGAGUAGAGCCUUCAGCCACUGAAGCCGCGCUGCCGUCCUGUUCGGCUCCACCCCUGGCACGUCCUGGCAUCCCACACGUCAUGCAUGCAUCACCGGCCCUCCAAUCUUCUACUCAAGUUGGCGCCUCUCGCUGCAAGCCUGUGGGUGUGGCUAGAGUCAGUGGUGGGUGGGGCCAUUCACACACACACCCCCUCUGCACACUGGCCCUCAUCUUCAUCAGAGGUGGCCGUCUCCUCCCAUGCCAUCCUCCCCAUCGCAACUGUGUCAGCCCACCCAGCGGUCGGGGAGCAAUAAUAAUAACAAUUUAUUAUUUAUGCCCCGCCCAUCUGGCUGGGUUUCCCCAGCCACUCUGGGCAGCUCCCAACAGAAUAUUAAAAACACAAUAAAAACAUCAAACAUUAAAAACUUCCCUAGACAGGGCUGCCUUCAGAUGUCUUCUAAAAGUCAGAGAGUUGUUUAUUUCCUUGACAUCUGACAGGAAGGGCAUUCCACAGGGCAGGCGCCACCACCGAGAAGGCCCUGUGCCUGGUUCCCUGUAACCUCACUUCUCACAGGGAGGGAACAGCCAGAAGACCCUCGGAGCUGGACCUCAGUGUCUGGGCUGAACGAUAGGGGUGGAGACGCUCCUUCAGGUAUACUGGGCUGAGGCUGUUUAGGACUUUAAAUGCUGCACUGGGGGGGUCUCUGAGGCCCACUGGGCACAGGCAGCCCACACAGCAAUGCAAGGCAAUUCCUAAACCAUUUAAGCAGGAGUUUCUGGGUUUAUUUUGGCCAGAGAGGUACAGCCACUUAGGGUCAGAGACUAGGAGUCGGAUUCCUCUUCAAUCAGAUGAUGGAGCUGAGGACUCUGAACCUAAAGAGGACGGGCGUAUGAUUCUAUAUAGGGCCAGCCCCAGAAGUGCUGCUACCCACUUAACCUGUGGGAUGUGUUCUGACUCAGAGGACUCUGCUGUAGGAGAAGACCUGGAAGACCUGAACCUUCCCUGCUCCGUCACAGUAGGACAGGCACCCCCAAACCCGACCCUCCAGAUGUUUUGGGACUACAAUUCCCAUCAUCCCUGACCACUGGUCCUGUUAGCUAGGGAUGAUGUGAGUUGUAGUCCCAAAACUUCUGGAGGGCCGAGUUUGGGGGUGCCUGCAGUAGGAGAUGGUUGGGAAAGGCUGUGUCCCUUUAAGUCAAGCAGGGUGUUGAAUUAAAGUUGGUGAGAAGACUCAGGCUACACCUGGUUCCAUUAUGGGCUGGGUUGCAACUUGUUCCUUGCUGGGCCAAAUUCAGAGGCAGAACCUGCCUUGUGUCCUGCCUGAAUUUUGUCCCACCUUGUCCUGUAACCAUCCAGGAUCUCACCUUCUCCUACAGCCUCUUGGGCCUUGGCACAAGACAAGCGGGUAAACGUAUUCUUCAUAUGUACAAGUUUUGAGAUUCACACCUUUACAGUUAAAGGGAUCACAGGUAGCAGGUGAUGGGAAAGAGACCCACUCGUCCCUGAGACGGUGGAGAGCAACUGCAAGUCGGGCUAUGCAGUCCUGGGCAAAGGGAAUCAAUUGCCUGAGUCAGCAUUCUGCUUCGGAUGUUGCCUGAUCAUCAAGGGAGGUUAGCAAAGGCUGAAUCAGAUUUCUCCCCCAAAAGUUGCAAUAAUGGUGAUGAGGAUUGAGUCACCCCGGGGUUUGCAACCCUUCCAGGGUGAGCCAACAGCUUCCCCAGACGAAAGCCCGCUUUUGCAAAGACACCGUGUCCUGAACCAAAACAAGCGCCCACAAAUACCGCAGAUUAAGACCGCUCUCUUGGGAAAGUUAAUGAUUUGAAGCAGUUUGCAAAAGGGGCAGGAUUUGCAGCCUUUGUUUUGAGCGUCAACAGGAAUUAGUGGCCGGGUUCUUUUCAAAGCCUUGUCAUGGCAACCACGCAGCGAGCCACCCAACCAGGGCGUGGGCAGGAUUACCACAUGAUCCGUCCCCCUUCAAUGGUGGCUUUAGAUGUAAGCUCCAGAGUAUCGGCUGAUUUAAUGGGCUGCGGGGGCCGGUUCAAGGCGUCGGGGUGACUGGGGUCAGAAAGCCAAAAUGGCGCCCACACCCAUUAACUGACCUGGGACACAAGAAGUUUCUCUGCACAAGCUUUUCACUAAAACGAUCAUUACAAACAAAAGCAACGGUGCACGCUGGUUUACUCAGAACCUUCUUAAUUUAUUCUGCUCAAACCCACUCGGAUCACAUCCACAUACCACACGUUUCAAGCACGUUUAGACCCCUUUGGCAGUCGUGGAUUUCUGCCCCGCAAAAAUUCCAGGAACUGUAGUCUAUCCCUCACUGAGGUACAAUUUCCAGCAGCCUACACAAACUGCAAGGGACACGGGUGGCGCUGUGGGUUAAACCACAGAGCCUAGGACUUGCCGAACAGAAGGUCGGCGGUUCGAAUCCCCGCGACGGGGUGAGCUCCCGUUGCUCGGUCCCUGCUCCUUCCAACCUAGCAGUUUGAAAGCACGUCAAAGUGCAAGUAGAUAAAUAGGUACUGCUCCUGCGGGAAGGUAAAUGGCGUUUCCGUGCGCUGCUCUGGUUCUCCAGAAGCGGCUUAGUCACCCUGGCCACAUGACCCGGAAGCUGUACGCCGGCUCCCUCGGCCAAUAAAGCGAGAUGAGCACCGCAACCCCAGAGUCGACCACGACUGGACCUAAUGGUCAGGCGUCCCUUUACCUUUUUACACAAACUGCAAGCAAACUACAGUUCCCAUUAUUCUUGGCGGGGGGGGAGCUGUGUGCUUUACUUGUGUGGCAUGGAUUUGAAUUCAGAUAGUAUAUACUAAACAUCAUGAGGUUUUCUUUCUUGGGGGGGGGGGGUUGGAGAGAGAGAAAGCCAUGCACGACAGCCCAUUCGCCAUCGGUUCUUCCUCAUUAGGGGUUUAGCGUGAAAACUCCCUGUUUCCUUUCUUUCUAUAUACAGGGCACCCACAGGACAAUGUCAUCCAUUUCCCCUUCGAUUCUUUCUCCCCACCCCCCACCCCCAGAAAGAUAGAAGAGGAACUCUGUCUCCACAGGGGCAAAUGACUUUAGCCCUUCUCUUUUCUUUCUUUCUUUCUUUCUUUCUCUUUCUUUCUUUCUUUCUUUCUUUCUCCUCAUUUUUAACUUGGGCAGUGACGUAUCGCGGUAGUGAACUUACAACUGCAUUAUUUGUGGUUGUAUUGUGCAUUUAGCAUGAACUCUGGAAAUGUAUACACGAUUCUGAACAAACUAAGCCAGAGGUAUACACUCGAGUAUACACAUUCAGAGUUCAUGCUAAAUAUAUUACUUCUGGUAAAUGAGCCACCAUGAAACCAAAGGGGGCGCAUUGGUUGCCAGGUGUGAAACAUCUUGGCGUUAUUUUCAGAUCUCCUACCCCAGUAACACACUAAACCACUCUGACUCCAUAGGGGAAAUAGAGAAGCUAAAGAACUGCCCUUGCGGAAUCAGGACAUUAGGGGCGUAUAUGUGUAAAUGCAAUUUCCUUUGCACCUAUAAGGAACAGGAAAUAGCCAAACUUCCUCCAAGGUUAAAGAUGUGCUGCUGUUCUCAAGACUUCUUUUAAAAAUCUAACUAGAUACGCACUCCAGCACGACUGGUUCAUGCAGUUGCUACAGGAGUUUGCCUCAUUGUACAGCCUCCA